AUGGUCCGUGAUUUGAUACUAGCUUUUCCACAGACUAACUACUGUGCCCUCGGCUUAUCUAUAUUUGCUAUAAUUUUUCUGUCAGUUGGACGCGAUUAUGUUAAUCCAUGGGUGAAGAAGCGAUCGCCUGUGCCUUUGCCACUUGAGCUUAUUUUAGUGAUUAUAGCGACUAUAUUCUCGGUUAUAGUUGAUCUCAAAAAAAAUUAUGAUGUUAAAAUUGUCGAUUACAUUCCGCAAGGGAUGCCUAUGCCGUCGUUGCCGCAUUUUGAUUUAAUACCAUAUCUGCUGAAUGAUGCAUUCGCAAUCGCUAUCGUAUCAUAUAUGUUCGACCUGUACGCUGUUGGCUUGAUGCACACGCUAGCAUCAUUUUUCCCGGUAUAUCCGACGGGUGCUUCGCUUUCUCGAUCGGCUGUAUGCGAACAGUCCGGUGCUAAUACACAGUUGUACACGCUUUUCUCCAGUGCCUUAUUGCUUACUGUGAUUGUUUUUGUUGGACCUUUGCUCGAGCCGCUUCCCAUGGUUGGUUCAGCUACUUCGUUAGUUUUAAUUUAUGAUUGGUGCUUGUGCAAUUUCACUAAAGCAAGGUGGCGCUUAGACAGAAUGUCCUAA